AUGAGUGCUUUAGCAAACAUGGCAUCAUGGACGCCGUCCUCGGUGCCCACGUCGACCACGCUAACCAGUAUAGCCACAUCGCACGCUUCAGCCUUGCAUAAGACGAUUUCUUCCGUUGUCGAGCGAGCAGCCACCGAAACCGAUCAUAUCAACUUGAUAUCGCUUUCGCAAGCCUAUCGCGGAGCCAUGGCUUCGCUCACCAUCAUCUCCGCCGAAGGCGUAUUAGCUACGGAAACGGCGCCCCUGAUUCAAGCUCAGGCGACGCAAGCUAUAUUCAACGCCACGCUAAACUUGAAAGAUUUGGUCGAUGAGGAGAAUAUAUUUGGAUACAACCCCGAUGCUGCAGGUAACGGGAUCUAUUUGGCGAUAUUUGCGAUAAUAUUUGGCUAUAUUGCUGUUAUGUGCAUCUGGUCGCGAUACUGGUGGUUCAACGUGACUUUCUUUUGUGGGUUUUUCUUGGAAAUGCUCGGGUUCAUUGGUAGGAUAUUGGCGAUCGAUAAUACCGCGGUGCAAAGUUACUACAUCAUGCAAUUGGUGUGCUUGACAAUUGCGCCUGCGUUCAUUAUGGCCGGGAUAUACUUUAUAUUUGGUCAGUUGGUUGUUAUUCACGGACGACAGUACUCGGUGUUGCGACCAAUGUGGUAUUCGUACUUCUUUAUCGCUAGCGAUGUCGUGUCGCUUAUCAUUCAAGCUGGUGGAGGCGGUGCUGCUUCUGUUGCAUCUAGCAAUCACACUGACGCCAAACCAGGCACAAACACCAUGAUUGCCGGUAUCGCAGUGCAAGUGUUUGCCAUGUCCAUCUUUUUGGUUUUCUGGUUUGAGUUUUUAAACAGGAUCUAUUUCAAGAACUCGGCUAAACCCGAUCCCAAAGUCAAGCAGGAUCAACACCCGUUAGAGAAAAGAUCAUUUGGCAAUUUUUUCAAAUUGUUGCUCAAUACUAAAUCUGUUCGAGAAUAUAGACAUACCCAUUUGGAGAAGUUCUAUAAUGCAAAGUUUGCCUCUGUUAGAACGCAAAAGUUGUUUGAUUGGUUGCCCUUGGCCAUGACAAUCGCCGUGGUUGUUGUUUAUAUCCGGUGUGUUUACCGUGUGGUGGAGUUGGCAAUGGGAUUCAGUGGUUACUUGUACGAGCACGAAGUAUACGUGUUGGUGUUGGAUGCAGCCAUGAUUGCCAUCUGCGGUAUUGUUUUCCUUCCCUUUCAUCCAAUUUGGGUCUUUGGUAAAAAGAAUAUCGUCAAGUUGGCCUCAAUCAAGAAGAACUUGGACGAACACGAGGAGAAAGAAGAUGGCAGUGAGGAUGGCGAUGUGGACACCAUGCGUAAUGAUGGUGCAGUCAACUCAGAGCAAGAUGAGAAAUACACUCUGAGUAAGAAUGUUUAG